UCUGUCGGAUAGUAAAACAAUAUUUACUCCCUUCAUAUUUCAUCUUCUUCACUGCGUUUUGAUCCUGACCAAGAUGUCUUUCUUCGGGACAUCAACGACGACGAAUACGUCGGCCACAGCCGAGAAAGACAUUGAAAUGGCUGACCCUCCGACUGAUUCGAUAUCUUCAAUGUCUUUUUCCAGUCAAGCUGAUUAUCUUGCAGUCGGGAGUUGGGAUAAUAGUGUUCGCAUAUACGAGGUCUUAGCUGGAGGACAAACAACAGGAAAAGCGAUGUAUCAACAUCAAGGACCUGUUUUAUCUGUCUGUUGGAACAAGGAAGGAAACAAAAUUCUGUCUGGUGGUGCCGACAACGCGGGUCGAAUGUUCGAUGUCCAGACGGGCACCACAAGCCAAGUCGCUCAACACGAUGCGCCUAUCAAGAGCGUGAAAUGGGUAGACGCACAGUCUGGAAUUCUUGCAACAGGAAGCUGGGAUAAAACAGUGAAGUAUUGGGAUCUCCGCACACCUCAACCAGUGGCUAGCGUCACCCUCCCCGAGCGAUGUUAUAGCAUGGACGUCCAAUAUCCACUAAUGGUCGUUGGUACCGCCGAACGGCACAUUCAGAUCUUCAACUUAUCCAAUCCCACUACUGCUUACAAGACCAUGCAAUCUCCUUUAAAAUGGCAAACACGUGUUACAACAUGCUUUACUGCGUCUGCAAGUAGUGGAUUCGCAGUCGGAAGCAUCGAGGGUAGAGUAGCUAUACAGUACGUUGAAGACAAGGAUAGCAGUAACAACUUCUCGUUCAAGUGUCAUCGACGAGAUUCUACGCCCACUGCCAAAGAUCAAUCUAUGGUCUACGCAGUGAAUGAUAUAUCAUUCCAUCCCGUCCAUGGUACCUUCUCCACUUGCGGUUCCGACGGUACAAUACACUUUUGGGACAAGGAUGCUCGCACUCGUCUCAAGACUUUCGAAGCUGCUCCCGGACCUAUAACUUGCAGCGCUUUCAACCGGACUGGAUCAAUAUUUGCCUACGCCGUGUCUUACGACUGGUCUAAAGGGCACUCUGGCAUGACACCUGGACACCCCAACAAACUCAUGCUUCAUGCUUGUAAAGAUGAUGAGGUCAAGAAACGCCCAAGAAAGUAGUAGUUGGGCAUUCUUGUGUACAUACAGUAUUCAUCUUCGAACUUGCUUGGUCUGUAAACAACUUUAUUAAACUUGUUUUUCAAGGCAUGCACAAUAUUAUAUCAAUUUCAACAAUCU